UCACUUGGAGAGGAGGGGUAGCAGAUGAUGGGUACCUCGGGAAGCACCUGCGUGGAGACCCCAGUGAGAGUCGCGUACAACAGGCACCUCAGCAAUGCACUCGACCCCCGCUCGCCGAGCACUGGCAUCCUGCGGACUCCCAUCGAGGUGCUGUCCAGUCCGAGCCCCGGGGUCCCGGAGGCUGACUCUGAAGAGGAGGUGGACAUGGAGAAACCAUCAGGACCACUGGACCCUCGCUCGCCGACUCCAGGAGUGACUCGCACGCCCCUCAAACUCACCGUGACCGACAAGUUGAGCCAGCUGGUGAGACAACUGAGCGGCGUCUUCAUCAGCCAGGAGCCUGAGGGAGAGGCCUCGGAGGGUGGAGGCGAGGAGGAGGAGGAGGAGGAAGAGGGGAGCGACGCCUCGGAGCUGCCCGUGGACGAGCUGCUGGACUGCGAGGAGGAGGAGGAUGGACAGGCGGAGGAGAUGGGGGUCCCCCUGGCCUCCGAACCCAAGGCAGACCCCACCAAGGAGACCCCGCCCACCCCGAAGGGACUGGCAGCUGCUGCUGUUGCCGCCGCCGAGGGAACUCCUCAGCAAGGCUGCUCCCAUCCCCGCAGCCUGCUGCCACAGCCAGGCCCCCAGGUCACGAAGUGGAAACAGGCGAAGGCGGCGUUGCUACCUGGGACCAGACGCUCUCCUCUGCGGCUCCUGAGGGACGAUAACUCUCCCAGCUCCGUGCUGGCGCGUCGACAG